AUCGAAAAAGUUGCUGUGACUGACUCUUCAUCCGAAGUAACCGAGUGUCUUCAAGUUUAUCAUGGCCGGAUUUCUGCUCCUCUCCAUCCUGGCGGUUUUGUCUACCGUCCACGCGGCACCCACCUGUACGUGUGAAGAGAAGGCUUCUUCCACUCAGCAGUACACUGUCCAAAUCAACGAAGAAGGAACCAUCUUUAACCAAGUGACUGAUGUGGACCGGGAAAACCAGAUCCUUCUGUUCCACGUGCCUCAGCACAACAUCGUGUCUGAAAAUCAGGUCAUGCUGGACUAUAACACGGGACUGAUGAUGACCCUUUACACCGAACUGAACGCCUGCUUCCUCUCAACCAUGCCUGACAACAUCCCGGCAAUUGACAAGCUGGAAGAAGGGCUGAGUGCCAUGGCGAACCCACAGACAAGAAGCACCAUCCUUAAGAAGAGGAAGGAAGAGACCUACCAACGCGCCGCCCCUCAGCCCGUAAGGGACCGAUCCAUGUUGGGGGAUCAGAUGGCCCAGAUGUGUGCAAAGUUUCCUGUCUACACCACAGAGGUGGCUCCCGAGGUGUCCAUCGAACAGGUUUCAGGAAACAAAACCGCUCGUAGCUGGCUUGACCACUCGAUAACCGUGAACUGUCACCCGAGUGAUUUCAUGUACCGGUGUGAGUUGAGGAGCUCAUGCAUCUACGUCUACUACUGCGAGGGGACCGGUAACGCGGGGCAAGCACCAACCGCCGCGCAGUGCGACGUGUGGCAUGACUUCACCGCCACCGCCUGGCAGUGCGUGCCUUAUUGUCCUGACGAGUAGGGUUAAGAGACAGGAUUGUCUAAGUGUGUUUGUUAGCUGGGUUUCCAAACCCGAUUUGUUUGACGCUUUAUACUGAAUGACAGAUUUGUAUUAAGGAACUCAAUGACCACACAUACAUGCAAGUUAAUGUCAAAUAGUGUCAACUAUGAUUUCUCGUUUCAAGGGAAAAGAAGAUACUCAAUUCACCUUUGCUGUAACAAUAUACUAACGGUCGAAUGUGAUAAAACGUGUAAAAGUUAAUGUCUAGGUUUUAAGUCUUAACGUUGUGCAGAUUUCUUACUGACCAUUUAUUCAAAAUAAAGUUUGUUUUGCAGAGGCAGUUGAA